GUGCGUGGCGCGCGCUGGGGCUGUGGCCUGUACAAUAACAAACAACGUCAGCGUGAGAGGAGCGAGCGAGUGAGCAAGACAGAAGGCACGGAGGUGUUUUUGGGUCAAUGACUAUGAAGACGCGCAGAAAAUGGACAGCAAAUUCUUUUCAAUGAAAUAUGCACAGGCUCUGAAGAAUCUCAUCCGCAACGUAGAAGGGGACAGCUGGGUGCAGAGUGAAAGAACAAAAACAUUAUUUGAAGAAAUCAGAGCAUCCAUCAAAAACAAUGUGGACCAAGACCGGUCAUUCUGGAGGCCUGUGCUCCCAUGGGGUGGUGUUUAUACAAUUAAGGCAGGCCGAAAGGCUAUUUCUUGCACUCCCCUCUAUGUGAAGAUCAACCUCAAGAACACCUGCACUAUUGAUGGUUUCUUAAUGCUUUUAUAUGUGAUUCUGAGGGAGAAAGAGACCUUUCCAAGGGAGGUAGCCAUAUACUUGGGCAAGGAUUUUGUUGAACAUUUUCUCUACUUGAUGGAUUCCUAUGAUUAUACCACAGUGAAGUUGCUUUGGAUAUGGGAUAAAAUGGAGAAGCAGCAGUACAAGUCUCAGAUUCAUAAGGCAGCCUUGGAGAUUGACUUGUUUGGAAAUGAGCAUGAAAACUUUACAAAGAACCUGGAAAACCUUAUGUCCACCAUUCAGGAGAGCUUGUGUUCAAACUGGAAGUGUCCAGCACGCUUCCAGGAGUACAUGCAGAGAAUGAUAAAGAUUAACCCGCCACAUGAAAUACCUAAUGGUGACUUAAUUCAGACUGCAGUAGAUGAAUUCUUCUGCCCCAAAAUAGUGCUAUGUGAAGAAAUUGGGUGUGAUGGACAACGGGAGUUCUCCCAGAGGGUAUUUUGUCACGGUCCCCCACCAUUUGUGAUUUUAAACAUGCAGCUGUGGAAGUCUGAAGAGCUUGCAUAUGUUCCAUAUUACCUAGACUUGUCCGAUCACAGAUAUUCCCUGGAAGGAGCCACUUUGUUUAACAAGGAGGAGCAUCAUUACUCUGCAGCUUUCCAGAUCGAUGGCUACUGGAUGCACUAUGACGGUCUCAGAAAUGACAAUCUUAUUUUAUUAAACAAACCUCCACAAUUCUUGCUCCUUUCCUCACUGGUUUAUAUUCGGGCAACAGAAAACUGAGCUUUCAGCAAUGGGGUGAAAGAGAAAGCCACCUGGACUCACCAACUGGCUGGCUUUCGGCAUGCUUGGAAUCCAAGAAUAUGUACGGACUAUAAUAGUUCUUCAAGUGAAUCAGUCACAUGUCUUACUCGAACGUUAGCUUUCAGUGUUCUGCUAAUGAGAAUGAGCUGCCAGUCGGUUAAGGGUAGUCGGCACUACAUGGCCUGGUCAGUUUCAUUAUUUAACUUUUAUUUUUACUCUUCUUCAACCAUGCCAGGAUUUGUUUCAUUUCAGAUCUUACAGAAAUAUAAUGUUAUAUUUUUUAGCUUUUUAUUUCUGAUCAUCUUGCGUUUCUCGAUGCUGUGCAUUUUGUUUCCCAUUAAAAUCAUGACAGAUUGAUAUGAGAGAUUCUGUCCCCUUCUGCUAUUGCUUUGGCGUAGUGUUUUGGGGCGAUAACUUUGAAGAGGGCAGAUAAAAUCCGAAUUUCUCAAAAGUGGCAUUAUUACUUUAACAUUAGACCAGUCAAAAGUUCUGUAUUUUUGCAGUCUAAUGAUAUCAAGACGGUAAGAUAGUACACAAAUUUUAUGAGCAUACGAUGGCUUUGUGCUCAUAGUGGUUAAGAAGAGAAGAAUGGAUUUUUUUACACUCAACUAUGCAGUUAUGUAUAUAUUAUUGUUUUGUAAAAAAAAUGUCAAAAGUAUUUUUGUACUCAGCCAUUCUCUACAAUAAAUAAUGUCUUUUAUUUCAA